CUGUUGAGAUGCACGAUGAUACACAGUGCUCUUACAAUCCCAAAUGGACUGAACGCACUGGCUUCCGACGGUGAUCACACACCAAAAAUACCACACCACGUAGCAAAGACGAGCAAAACAAGAUACAAACCGACCGUAGAGACGCUGGGCCAUUGGAAAUCCUGGAGGCAGUGGUAGAUCAUUCCGGUGCAAAGAAUCGCAUCGCUUUCAUUCGUCCUAUUUCCCAUUGUUUUCUUGAAUGCUGAUAGCGAUCGCAGUGAAAUCCCGAUUCUGAACCCGGUCAAAUUUCUUAUCUUCACUAGGGUCCCUCCCUCCCCUCGUGAUCUACAUCUACUACGUGGUAAAACGCUCGAAUUGAAUUCAAUCUUGAUUGUUUCUAUUUCCAGAUACUUCAAGUUCCAUUCUUGAUUUCCCUGCUAGAAACUUGCACACAAGUGGCAAGGCCGGGCGACGAACACGAGCUGUAGGACAUCGGGGUUUCAAUCGGACAAGAACAUCAUCACCAUGGUGUUUGCGUGGUACCAAGCAAGGCUCGCAGCCCGGCCGCUCCUCACCCAGAGCAUCACGACAGCAGUGCUGUUUGCCACGGGAGAUAUCACGGCCCAGCAGCUGGUCGAAAAGAGGGGCCUUGAGAAGCAUGACUUUGUCCGUACCGGGCGCAUGUUUGCCUAUGGCGGUAUAAUUUUUGGACCCGCGGCAACUACUUGGUUCGGCAUCCUGCAGCGCCGAGUGGUGCUCAAGAACGCCAAUGCCACGAUCCUGGCCCGCGUCGCCGUCGACCAAAGCCUUUUCGCGCCCACCUUUGUCGGAGUCUUCCUCAGCUCAAUGGCCAUCUUGGAGGGCACAAGCCCACAGGAGAAGCUCAAGACGACGUAUUUUACAGCUUUGACGUCCAACUACAUGCUGUGGCCGUUUGUCCAGCUGGUCAACUUCAAAUUCGUUCCGUUACAGCAUAGAGUGCUCUUUGUCAAUGUCAUCUCCAUCGGCUGGAACUGCUACUUGAGCUUCCUCAACAGCGGUGCGCCGAAUAAGAUUGAUGAGGUCAUUGAAGAAGGGGAGGAGAAAGCUGAGGAACUGAUCGAAAAGGUCAAGAACUGAGGGAUAAUAAGAAUUCUACAGUGCCUGUGAUUUGGGAUACCUAUAAACAAUUAUGUAUGUGUAUCCUGAGUUUAAUUAGACUACCUAGACCCAGUUCUCUGCAGGUGCUUCCAAGAUGAUUGUUUAUUUUCAGCCCAUGGAAUUAUGCAAUAGCGAGGAUCAGGGAUACAACGCAUAACGUCAUUCACCUGUUCACGUAUUGCUAUUUAGGACAUUUAGUGAUCACCUUAAAUAGGAUGUUCGACAA